GCCGGUAAGUCUCCAAUUUCUAUUUGGUUUCACUGCCAGGUUCCAUUUAUAGCUAAAGGUCUUUGCUUGAAAUCUAGGGUUUCAUUGCUUGCGAAAUGAAACCCUAGGCUCGUAUGACAUGUGGGCUUUAACUAUUAUUUUGAAGCUUGGUGGUGUUUAUUCAUUCUCCCUUGAGAUUUAUAGAGUCGAAUAUCAGAGAUGAAAGUGUUUGAUAGCUUGUAUAGUGUUAGAAACCCCAAAUUCAGAGGGGCUUUCAAUGGUGUCUGUAGUAUUAUCCUGUUAUUUUUAUUCUACAAGCGGGUAGAUGUACCUAAAAACCCCUUUAGUCGUCCAUAUCCAACUCCGGGAGCUGUUUUGGGCAGUGGGUCGAGUCAUAAUGGUAUAAUUCGUAGGCAAAUGAUUGAAGUCGAUGCCUAUUCGAAAACCAUAAUCGAUGGGUCUAAUAAUCAAAACAAUGUGAGUGUACAGGAUCCAGUUUUAUGUGGUGGAUUGAUUGAUCAUAAGGGUUAUGCUAAUGAAUGCGAGUACUUGAAAGCGAACCCAGAUUGUUCAUCUGGUGGGUUCGUUGAUUAUAUCAAAUUUCUGUAUUGUGAUUGUGGUGAUUUUAGAGAGUUAGGUUAUGUGUUUUUGGGUAUUUGGCUUGCUGCUUUGUUUUAUAUGUUGGGGAAUACUGCAGCAGACUACUUUUGUUGUUCGUUGGAGAAGUUGUCUAGUCUUUUGAAGUUGCCUCCUACUGUGGCUGGUGUUACCCUCCUUCCACUUGGGAAUGGAGCGCCAGAUGUGUUUGCAAGUAUUGCUGCCUUUGUGGGUAAGGAUGCAGGAGAUGUGGGUCUUAAUAGCGUGUUGGGCGGUGCAGUGUUUGUCACUUGUAUUGUUGUUGGGACUGUUUCAUUAUGUGUAGCAGAGAAGGAAGUUCAGAUUGAUCGUAGAUGCUUCAUUAGGGAUAUCUGCUUCUUCCUGUUUACACUAUUGUCUUUGUUGAUGAUGUUGAUGAUUGGCAAGGUAAGCGUUGGAGCAGCAAUUGCUUUUGUAUUGAUCUAUGUAGUUUAUGGUAUUUCUGUUGCUGCUGGUGAGAUUUUCAGGAAACAUGCUCGGAUGUUGAAACUGGAUGUUAUUACACCAUUGAUUCCUGUGCAAGGAAGUAUAUUGUCUCAAGGAACUUAUGAAGAUGAUUCAAGUAUGUAUAGUUCUUUGCUAGACAUUGAGACUGACAGCACUGUACCCCAUCUACCACCUUCCCUACCAUCAUGGAUGUGGGCCUCUAAUGUGGCAAUAUAUUCCAAUCACUCACCAAAGGGCAAUAUGCUGGAUGAAGAAAGACCUCCAUGGGGCUGGACUGAUGAGGGAACGGAGAUCAAAAACUCCUCAUUUUCAUGUUCUAAGUUAUUUUCGCUGAUUGAGAUGCCAUUGACAGUGCCUAGACGGUUAACAAUACCAUUGGUUGAUGAAGGAACAUGGUCAAAACCCUAUGCUGUAGCCAGUGUUACAUUGGCUCCUAUUCUUCUGGCAUUUCUGUGGAAUGCCCAAGAUGACGUGGGUCCUCAAAGUAGAAUUCUAAUGUAUUUUUUUGGAGUUGUGGUUGGUUGCUUACUUGGUUUUCUUGCAUACCAAUGCACCUUGCCCAACCAUCCACCUCAAAGAUUGUUGCUUGUGUGGGUUUUAGGAGGAUUUUUUAUGAGUAUUGUUUGGUUCUACAUGAUAGCUAAUGAGCUCGUUGCUUUAUUGGUGGCAUUUGGCUUGAUCUUUGGGAUUAAUCCAUCAAUUCUUGGGUUGACUGUAUUAGCGUGGGGCAACUCAAUGGGCGAUUUAGUGUCUAACAUUGCCCUGGCAAUGAAUGGUGGUGACAGUGUGCAGAUUGCUGUGUCUGGAUGCUAUGCAGGUCCCAUGUUCAAUACCCUUUUUGGCUUGGGGAUCUCAAUGCUGCUAGGAGCCUGGUCACAGAGUACUGGCAUUUAUGUGAUUCCUCAAGACAGCAGCUUGUUUUACACUAUUGGUUUUCUCAUGUCAGGGCUAAUCUGGGCACUUGUAGUUUUACCUAAACAUGACAUGCGUCCCACUAAGACAUUAGGGGUGGGACUUAUAACUUUAUAUCUGAUUUUUCUUUUAAUAAGGGUGAAUAUUUCCAUGGGAUAUAUGGCAAGUUGACUACUUGAUUUUUGGUAUUAUUGGAUGGAUCUGUGAAGCUAGUCUCUGCAAACUGUUGUUCUCCUCAUCACGAUUUCAUUUGUGAAAUGGUAGUCUGAUGAAUGUUUUACAUCA